AUGGCGACCAUCAAUAUUCGUCGGGAUGUCACUGAUCCCUUCUACCGCUACAAGAUGGAGCGCUUGCAGUCUAAGAUUGAGGGCAAGGGCAAUGGCAUCAAAACCGUUGUCGUCAACCUGAACUCGGUCGCUCAAUCUCUCAGCCGUCCUCCGGCCUACGUGAUCAAGUACUUUGGAUUCGAGCUUGGCGCUCAGGCUAACGCCAAACCGACUGAUGAUCGCUGGAUCAUUAAUGGCGCCCACGAUGCCCCCAAGCUUCAAGACUACUUGGAUGGGUUCAUCUCCAAAUUUGUUCUGUGCAAGAAGUGCAAGAACCCCGAGACCGACGUUGUGAUCAAGUCGGACAAGAUUUAUCUUGACUGCAAGGCCUGUGGACAGCGCUCCGAGGUCGACCCCCGUCUGAAGCUGAGCACUUUCAUUCUACGAAACAACACGUCCACUAAGGGAGGGAAGAAAGACAAAUCUACUAAGAAGAGUCGUCGCGAACGCAAUAAGGAAAAAGGCGAUACCACAGCGAAUGGAGACAAGGAUGGCAGCCCGGGAGAUAGUAACAAUUCCGAUAAUGGUGAUGAGAAUGGCGAUGUUGGUCUCGAGGCAGGUAGCGACGAUGAGCUUACUCGUCGCAUCAAAUCUGAGGCCCAGGGCAUCGAGGCAGAUGGCGAGAUUGAUGAUGACAGCUGGGCAGUUGAUGUGUCGGAAGAAGCCGUGAAGGCUCGUGUCAAGGAGCUUCCUUCGGAUCUUAAGCGCUCUCUGGCCCUCGAGGAUGCCGAUGAGGAUGAGCCGGAUGGCCCUUCCGCUUACGAUCAGCUUGGCAGCUGGAUCCAGGACACCGCUGCCAGCAAGGGAGGCGUUGCUCAAAUUAGUGAUGUCGAUAUCUACUUGAAGGCGAAGGAAUUCGGUAUUGAGACGAAGCACAAGACCUUGGCUGUGCUCGCUCAGACUAUCUUCGACGAGAAGAUUACCAAACAAAUUGGUAACCGCGCUGCAUUACUUAAGAAGCUCAUCACGUCUGAACGCCAUGAGAAGGCUUUUCUUGGUGGUACUGAGCGUUUUGUUGGCGUGGACCAUCCCGAGCUCGUCUCCCAAAUUCCCGCAAUCCUCCUCGGCUACUAUCAGCACGACCUUGUUUCCGAAGAUGUGCUCAAAGCAUGGGGUUCGAAGGCUAGCAAGAAGUACGUCGACCUGGCGACCAGCAAGAAGGUCCGCAAGGCUGCUGAGCCAUUCCUCGAGUGGCUUGAGAAUGCCGAAAGUGAGGAAGAAGAUAGUGAUGAGGAAUAG